CACUAUAUGUUGAUUAUGAGAUCGCCAGCUGAUGACAGAGUCGCCAAGGAAAACACAGUAGCCAGUAGUGGAAUGCCUUGUAUGAGGACAUCCUACCCAUUUUGAAUCCGAAAAUGAAGUAAGACGAGAAUGAGUUUUACAAGGGAAAAAAGAGAAGAAGAACGUGGAAGUAGAAAUUAAGAUCAGAGUACUCAGUGUAGCUCUGAUAACAUGAUUUGUAUUAAUGUUCAAUUGCAGUAAAGAAAUCGUGUUAAUCAAUAGGAGAUAAGUUGAUUUAUUAAAUUAUUAAUAAUUAGUCAAAUCUUUUGUAAUAUAUUAAAAUAUUAGCACCUUUAAUAAUUUUGUAACUGUUUUAUUUCUUAGCUAAAAUACUCAAGUUUUGAAUGUUGACCUCCAUGUGUCUCUUCCAAGUCAGUAUUAUGUUGCCAAAUCAAUAUUGCUAAUAAAAUUGCUAAUCGGAAGUUAAUAUUUAACUAAUUACUAGAAAUUCAAUAGAUUUGACUAAUAAAAAAGUAUGAGUGAAACAUUUAACUAAUAAUUAAUACUAACCCUUGUUAUUAUAAUCUCAUAAACCUUCUAGGUUUUCCACAAUCUAUCUCGAUCGCCAUCUAUUCUUGAUAUACAUGUAUGAUUAUUUCAAAAUUACGUUGGAGAAGUGCUCUCAUAAGUAAGGUCUUAAUCAAAGAAAUUAGGAAACCUGGAGACACAGAAGAACCUCGAUCCAAUCUUGUAAAGUGUUGGUGAACGAGCGACAAAUAUCAAAUGCGGAAGCUUAGUAGACUUUAUCAACCGAACAUGUCCAUGAUACUGAACUGAUUUAACUUUCAUACUAUAUAUAUAUUUUUUAAUGCUCUUUUACUCUACUCUUACAUUGGUACAGUAUAUAUAUAUUUUUCAUCUAGACCAUGGAAAUGGCCUGAUCCUGUAACUGAAAUUUUAAAUAAUAUAAUAGAUUGAUUAUCCUCUUUAAUUAGUAAAAUAGAUAAUUUUUCCAAUGAAUUGGAAGAACUAUCUCUAGGGUAGAGUGAAUUUGUAGAGUUGAUUCUUUAAGAGUAAAUCCACAUUGAGAUUUGAGAUUCCCUACUAGUUCUCAGAUCACUUUUAAAUUUAAGAGGUUGGAUAAUAUACUAAUAGAGAAUAAAAUUAGCUUAUUUCAUGACAAGAUAGUUGAAUAGUUCCUGGUAAGAAGCAGACUCACCAUAGUUGAAAUCAUAGGCUGGUUGAAGUAAAAAUAUUUCAGAAGGGAUUGUUUUCUUUAGUACUAAUUUUUUUUUUUUUUCAAAAAAAAAAUCCAGGUAGGCCUUUCGGUCCCUUGCAUUUGGCUCAAACUCGACAUGCCUGACAGUUGAGCCCAAUUAUUUGCACCCUGCACACAAGUUAAAGCCCACAGUAUCAAACUUCAUCGGCUCGCUACUUUAUUUCUGGUCUUUUUGCUAGCGAGUGGCACACCACUAGCCACGUGGAUACCUAAUCUACUGUCGAUUAACAAUAGCCGGGUCCCACAAUAUAUUGAUCCAACGAUUAACCUUCUCUUCUCUUCUGACUCUUCACUCUUUUCCCGCUGCCACUCAACCGCACCACCAUCCAUUUUUUUCCCACCAAACGGAUAACAACAAAAACCCAAUCCAUGGCCGCCGCCGUUCCUCUCCUCUCGCCGCCGAUCUUAUCCAGAUCCACCACCGCUUCCGCUUCCGCUUCUCCCUCGCCCAAAUUUACCUUCCCAGUCGUCCCCUCCAGAACCCCAUCCCGCCCAAUUUUCACAACCACGAGGCUCAACGUCUCGUCUCCGGCGAACAAGCCGCCUGUCAGCACUUCGUCCAAGCCCACCGCCGCCCAGAAAAAGCAGCCGACGGAGGAAGUGAUAUAUUUCGACGGCGGCGCCCACUACGGCGACCUGGCUGCCAACCUGCUUCUGGGAUUCACCCUGUUCUGGCUGCCGCUGACCCUGGCGGCGGUGUCGAGGGCGUUCAAUCUCAGGUACCGGUUCACGAACCUCCGGGUGACGGUGAUAUCGGGCCUGACCGGUCAGGACCGGAGCGAUUUCUCGUACAAGGUGAUAAAGGACGUGCAGGUGGUGCCGCGGUUCAUCGGCGAGUGGGGGGACGUGAUUAUCACGCUUAGAGACGGGACGAAGGUGGAUCUGAGAAGCGUCCCCAAGUUUCGAGAAAUCGCCAAGUACUGCCUUUCCAUGGUGGAGCAGCCGUCGGCGGCUGAGCUGAAGGAGAGUCGGCCCAAAGGGUUUUGAUAUUACAAUGGAAGAAAAUUGAGGGGGAUUUCAAUUUCCUGUUCUUCUUUCUUACUUCGUUUCAUCUGGCCUAGUUUCGUGCCAAGGUAUGUAAAUGUGGUGGGGUUUCUUUUUUUGUAUGUUUGUUUGCUUCUUUCUGGAAUUGGCUAAUUUUAUAAGAGAAAUGGAGAUAGGUGCCUGAGUCUGUGAUUACCAUUUGACUUUAUCAUUGGAUGAUGAUCGAAUUCCAAGCAUAUAGAUAGUACAUUGGAGAGAUAUUGUAUUGUUUUGGGAGGAAGGAGGCUAUGGAGUUGGAUCUUGGGAAUGGAUUCUGGUUGGUCUGCAACAGGACAGGAGUCAAAACAAAUUGCGGGCAGGAUUCUAAUAUUGUUGAUAAAUCGAUAUUCAAAUUGUUCUGAGUGCAACUGUGCAAGUGUUGAAGACUUAUUAUGGGAUUAAUUCCCUAAAUACACAUAAAACUAAAGCAAAUUCCUAAACUACCACACUUUUAAAAAAAUUUCCCAAAAUACAUAAGUUUGGAGUGGUUCGAGUUUGAGAAACUCGAAUUACUAACCGGUUCGAGUGUAGGAGACUCGAUCUACAUGUAGAUCGAUGAUAUAGGCCUCGAACCAUGUGGGGUUGAAGUGGUUCGAGUUCAGUGAACUCGAACCACUCCUUUGAAAUUUCCAACCACCUUAACUUUGUGCUCGGUUAUCCGAUCGUAGCAAACUUUUUUUUCAUUUUGCAUAACUUUUUGAGGACUACAACUUUUAUAAUAGAAAUAUUUUCAGAAUAUAUGUGAAAAUGUGAAAAUUAAAGUUAAAGUUACUCCCAAAACCCCUUAUAUUAAAAACUAUUCCUAUUUUGAAAAUUUAUUCCUAGUAAAUGUUGUAGUACUCAAAACGUUAUGCAAAAUAAAAAAAAACUUUGCGACGUUCGGAUUGCGGAGCACAAAGUUAUGAUCCUCCAAAGUUUGACAAAUUCGAAAAUUUGCUCGUUUAUGGGUAGCAAAUGACGUUUACAAGGAAGAUAGCCAUCCAAAAAUUUCUCGUUUGGAAAACUAUUGCUCUUUUUGCAGAAAUUUCCUAUAUAUAAAAAAAUUUCCUGUGCCUUCGCUCCGAGAAAAUGUCAUUUGUAACCCCUAAACGAGCAAUUUUUCGAUUUUGUCAAACUUUGGAGGAUCAUAACUUUGUGCUCCGCAAUCCGAACAUCGCAAAGUUUUUUUUUAUUUUGCAUAACUUUUUGAGUACUACAACAUUUACUAGGAAUAAAUUUUCAAAAUAGGA